AGCGCAAAUGCUGGGUUUGACCUUUUUGACGAUGAACUUAUUAAUGAAUCACGAUCUAAUGCUACUAUGAACGCGAGCGACUUCAUUAUUGAUAUUCGAGAAUAUGAUGUUCCUUAUCAUGUUCGAGUCUCAAUUGACAAGGACAUCCGAAUAGGAAAAUGGUACACAGUAGAGGCAAAACACGGCAUUAUCUCAUUGACCUGCAUAGAAGAACGACUCACGCGAGCCGACCCUGUCGUUCUAGCCUUCGAUAUUGAAACAACCAAGCUACCGCUGAAAUUUCCCGACUCCGUGAUUGACCAAAUCAUGAUGAUAUCCUACAUGAUCGACGGGCAAGGAUUUCUAAUCACCAACCGUGAGAUCGUAUCCGAAGACAUCAAUGAUUUCGAAUACACGCCCAAGCCAGAGUACAGUGGUCCUUUCAUGAUCUUCAACGAACCCGACGAACGCGGUGUUCUAGAGCGAUUCUUCGAACAUAUCAAAGAAGCGAAGCCUACUGUCAUUGCUACCUAUAACGGUGACUUUUUCGAUUGGCCUUUCGUGGAAGCUAGGGCUAGCGUUCUCGGCAUCGACAUGUACAGAGAGAUCGGUUUCCGCAAGAACAGCGAGGAUAUCUACCAAAGUGACCACUGUGUUCACAUGGAUUGCUUCGCCUGGGUGAACCGUGAUAGUUAUUUACCCCAGGGAAGUCGCGGUUUGAAAGCUGUUACUGUCGCAAAACUUGGAUACGAUCCCGACGAACUCGACCCAGAGCUGAUGACUCCGUACGCAAGCGAACGCCCUCAGACCCUGGCAGAAUAUUCUGUUUCCGAUGCCGUCGCCACAUACUACCUCUACAUGAAAUAUGUCCAUCCUUUCAUCUUCUCCCUGUGUACUAUUCUUCCUAUCAAUCCCGACGACACGCUGAGAAAGGGAACUGGAACUCUAUGUGAGAUGCUGCUCAUGGUGCAGGCGUACCAAGGAAACAUCGUCCUGCCCAACAAGCACAAAGACCCCCCGGAGUCUUUCUAUGAAGGACAUCUACUCGAAUCAGAAACUUAUGUCGGAGGACACGUCGAGAGUAUUGAAGCUGGUGUGUUUCGAAGCGAUAUCCCUGUUACGUUCAACGUGCAACCUUCGGCGAUAGACGAGCUCCUCCGGGAUCUGGAUGCCGCGUUGAAGUUCAGUAUCGAGGUAGAAGAGAAGAAGUCGAUGGACGAUGUUACGAACUACGAGGAAGUUAAGAAGCAAAUUGCGGACAAGUUGAUUGACCUCAAAGAGAGACCACACAGGGAUGAAGUGCCCUUCAUCUAUCACUUGGACGUUGCAUCUAUGUAUCCGAACAUCAUGAUCACCAAUCGACUGCAGCCUGACUCCAUGAUUCAAGAGUCGAACUGUGCCGCUUGUGACUUCAACCGACCCGGAAAGUCAUGCGAUAGGCGAAUGCCAUGGGCAUGGAGAGGUGAAUUCCUUCCGGCCAAGCGUGACGAGUACAACAUGAUUCGUCAGGCUGUGGCAAAUGAGAGGUUCCCUGGAAAGCACAAGAAUAGCCCGAUGAGGUCCUUCGGUGAUAUGAGCAUCGAAGAGCAAGCCGGCAUCGUCAAAAAGCGACUACAGGAUUACAGCAAAAAGAUUUACCACAAGAUUCACGACAGCAAAACAAUGGUUAGGGAGGCCAUCAUUUGUCAACGAGAGAAUCCAUUCUAUGUCGACACUGUCCGCAGUUUCCGUGACCGAAGAUACGAUUUCAAGGGAAAGCAGAAGGUCUGGAAAGGCAAGACUGAUGCUCUCAAAUCUUCAGGCGCGUCAGCUGCGGAGGUGGAAGAGGCCAAAAAGAUGAUCGUCCUCUAUGAUUCCUUGCAGCUUGCCCACAAAGUCAUUCUUAACAGUUUCUAUGGUUAUGUCAUGAGAAAAGGAUCUCGAUGGUAUUCUAUGGAAAUGGCUGGUGUUACGUGUCUGACUGGUGCUCGCAUCAUUCAGAUGGCAAGAGAGCUAGUAGAACGCAUCGGGCGACCUCUGGAGCUCGACACUGACGGUAUCUGGUGUAUGUUGCCGGGCUCAUUCCCCGAGAACUUUUCAUUUACCCUGAAAAACGGCAAGAAGCUGGGUAUCUCAUAUCCGUGUGUCAUGCUGAACCACCUCGUCCACGGAAGCUACACAAAUCAUCAGUACCAGACUCUGGUCGACCCUGCUACAUUCAGAUACGACAAAAACAGUGAGAACUCUAUCUUCUUCGAAGUCGAUGGUCCGUACAGAGCCAUGAUCUUGCCAACCUCAAAGGAGGAAGACAAGAACUUGAAGAAACGUUAUGCAGUAUUCAACCAUGACGGCUCCCUGGCGGAACUGAAGGGUUUCGAGGUCAAACGUCGUGGAGAGCUGAAACUGAUCAAGAUUUUCCAAACUCAAAUCUUCCGAUUCUUCCUGGAAGGCACAAAUCUUACUGAGACGUAUGCUGCAGUGGCUAAGGUGGCUGACCGAUGGUUGGAUGUACUUUACGAGCACGGUGCAACUUUGGCCGACGAAGAACUUAUUGAUCUCAUUUCGGAGAACAGGAGCAUGACGAAGACACUUGAAGAGUAUGGAAACCAGAAGUCAACGUCUAUCACAACUGCGCGGCGUCUGGCAGAGUUCCUGGGUGAGCAGAUGGUGAAGGACAAGGGCUUGAACUGCAAAUACAUCAUUUCAUCCAAGCCACGGAACACGCCUGUCACCGAACGAGCCAUUCCAGUGGCGAUCUUCUCUGCUGAGGAGAACGUGAAGCGUUUCUUCUUGCGCAAAUGGCUUAAAGAUGACCCCGGCGAUAUGGAUCCUCGUACUGUGAUUGACUGGGACUACUAUCUUGAGCGUCUGGGCUCCGUUGUGCAGAAGCUCAUUACCAUCCCCGCUGCGUUGCAGAAGAUCCGUAACCCGGUUCCUCGAGUUGCUCACCCCGACUGGCUGCAACGGCGGAUCAACACCAAGGAUGACAGGUUCAAGCAAACGAAGAUGACAGACAUGUUCAUCAAGUCCGAUAAGCAAGAAAAGAAUCCAUUGACAGAUAUCUCGACGAAUAUUCUUGACCAUCGUGUCCAACAUACAGGUGAUCUGGAUGAAGCCCUUGCAAGCUCUACACAAAAGCUGAAGCCAUCAUCCGAAACUAAGGUCUCCCAAAAGCGAAAGCAUCCGGAAGGUCUGUCGAAGACCUCUCUUGAUCCUUUCGCCACCCUCCCCGCGAAGAUGCCGUCAAUGGCGGAUGAUUACGUUGGCUUCCUGAAAUACCAGAAGCAGAAGUGGAAGAUACAGAAACAAGCCCGAAUUCGUCGUCGUCAACUUUUCGGUGAAAGGGCAAACGCAGGUGGCGAUUCAUUGAGCAAUCUGUUCAGAAACCAAGCCGAGUUAUUAUACAUCAACACCUGGCAAAUUUUGCAGCUUUCCGAGACAGGAAGGCCUGGCAUUGUGCGAGCGUUUGUGCUGAUCGACCGAAAGAUCCAUGCUCUCACAGUCAAGGUGCCCCGGCAAAUUUACGUCAAUCUCAAACAGGACUCACUUCCUGAUGUUGACGUGCCGGACUGCGAGGUUGAAAAGGUCAACCACACACUGCCCAACGGUCAUCCUUCGGUCCAUCUGUUCAAGUUAACAUUGUCGGAAGAGACGUAUCUCCGCGAAGCGGACAAGAUCGAUGUUCUCUUCCAGCACCCUAGCGUUGAGGGCGUUUAUGAGAAGAACAUCCCUCUCAACAUCCGGGCAGUUCUUAAGCUGGGUAGCAUUUGUACUUUCGAUGAGGAGCAACGGGGUGUUCUCGGAGAAGGCCUGGACCGCGGCUUUGACCUUUCGACUCUAUGCCGGACAACCACAGAGCAACCGUAUCUUCUGGACUCGCCACUUGCCUUCCAUUACCUCUAUCAUGUCGCAUCUGGGGACAGGCAGAUUUUCGCCCUUUUCUCCAGCACGAAGAAUGAGGCACAUGUCGUGAUUUUGAACCGCACGCGGGAUGUUCAGGGUCUUCCGAACCUCGAUAAGAUCUAUUCUGAACUUCUCGCGCGAAGAGUGCAAACCAUGGAAGGAGACCAGUCACAGGCUGCUUUCGAAUAUCAGGACAAGAUCCAUUUCAGGACCACACAGGUGACUACUAGGAGAAAGGCUCACCUGGAGGUUGGAGACUUGAUCAAGAAGUUCAAGUCCGAAGAGACCAUGCCCGCUGUUAUGGUAAUCCAGUCACAACAACGGAAGCGUCUGUGCCAUGAUAUUCCGAUCCUUCGAGAGUACCCUACACUGCCGGUCAAACCGGAAGUGUCAGAUAUGGAUCUCCCACCUCUAGGAUGGCAGUCCUUCAUUGCCAGACGAUUGGUCACUCACUACCUCUAUCUCUCCGCCUGGAUUCAACACUUGACAUUGCUUGCUAGAUACGGUGACGUUCCUCUUUGCAACUUGGAGAACGAUGACCCUCGCUUCCUCAUCGAUAUCUCGUAUGCCAGACGGCUCCAACAGAACAACGUUGUGCUCUGGUGGUCUUCGAACCCACGGCCCGAUCAUGCGGGGUACGAGAAGGACGAUAUCUCUGGCCCUCUUGAGAAGGUCUCCAUGCCAUCGGUGAACGUUCCAAGCGCGUAUACCACGGUAUGCAUUGAGUUAGAAGUUCGUAAUCUGGCAAUCAACACAAUUUUGACAUCGUCCAUCAUUAACGAGAUGGAGGGUGCGGAUACACUCCUGGCUUCGUCCGGUCAAUCCGCAGACCCUAACGGAGGUGGUGUCUUGUACUCCGAAAAGGCAUUCGCUUCAGCCGGCGCUGUUGUGUUGCGUGAGAUGGUCAAGCACUGGUGGACUGAGGCUUGCGACGGAAACAGCAUGGCUGAUAUUAUGGUGCAGCAUUUGAUCCGAUGGGUAGAGAGUCCGGUCUCAUGUCUCUAUGAUCGGUCCUUGCAUCACUACGUGCGGAUGCUGUCACGGAAAUCUUUCCAGCGCCUGAUGGCUGAAUUUAGGCGCGUUGGGUCAAAUGUCAUCUUUGCUAGCUCCACCCGUCUCUUGCUCCAGACCUCCAAAACGGAGGUGGGCAAUGCCUACGCAUACAGUCAGUACGUGCUAAAGUCCAUCCGAGCCAACCCCUCGUUUCAUUUCAUCGACCUCGAGAUCAAGGAGUACUGGGACUACCUGCUUUGGUACGACGAAUAUAACUACGGUGGCAAAGGUUGCCAAGAAGUCGUCGAGUCCGAUGAACAAGAGUUGGAAACCGUCAUGCACUGGCAACUCAACCGUACACUGCCCACGCCCAUGCAAAGUAUUUUCCAUGACUGGGUUGUGGAGUAUAUCGAACUCAUGCACGGUCUCAAACGGCCGGACACAAACGACUCUACACCUCGAUUGACGCAGAUUCCAAUUGGACGCCCCAGUGACGAGGAUAGCCAGGAAGCCUCGGCUGCCCUUGCAGAGAAAUUCUCGAAGCCACUGAAGAAGCAAAUCACUGGCCUCAUUCGCCGGCAGCGUGACGAGCUCCUACAUCCGGAGUUGGCCUCUGAUUACAUCUUCCCUGUCCUUCCUGGUGUAUUGUCGGACCCUAAUGAAGAGAAGCGCAACCCUGUGUUGGAACUCGUGAAACUACUCAUGCAAGUCCUUAGUCUGUCAAAGUUGACCACUAUGGAGACCCGGUUACUGCGUCGCGAAUUGCUAGCCCUGUUCGAAGUGCGCGAGUUCAGCAAGGAAGGCCGCUUCGAGAACCCCGGCGCGAGCCUCAAAAUCCCAGAACUCACCUGCGGCUCAUGCUGCCUGAUCCGAGAUCUGGAUUUGUGUCGGGACGAAGAUGUACUGCCCGAGCCCGGAGUUGACGCCAGUAAGAGCUCGACCAAGCCAUGGCGCUGUCCGUUCUGCCAAACGGAAUACGACCGGUUGGCACAGGAAGAGAUCUUGAUUGGUCAAAUUCAGGGGUACAUUGUCGGGUGGCAAACACAGGACCUGAAGUGCUCGAAAUGUGGAACGCUGAAGGUCAGUGACUUCAUGGAGCACUGCUCUUGUAGUGGAGUGUGGGUGGAAACGAUGGAUCGGAAGGAGAUUGAGAGGAAGCUGCACAUCUUGAACAGCGUAGCCAAGUUCCACGGGCUGAAGCUGCUGGAGAGUGUUGUGGGAGAAGUGCUUGCACAGAUGUGAACAUGUGUUUGUUCUUGCAUGAUUGCUUGUUGUCGUUUUGAGCGUUGAUGGUUGGUGGCUAUACCCGCGGUAACUCUUCUACACUUCGGUUUCGAUAUAUACAUGCGGCCGGGGGCAACAUUGGAUAGGCGUUAGGGAAGGGAUUGAGGGUCAUUUAAAUGGCGUACAUAGCAUUGUUAUUAUCUUGACUCCAUUCAAUACAUAGUGUAUGCAUAAU